ACGAACCGGGCAAAAACGGAGAAUCUUCUCUUCCCUUUCCCCUCGAUGGGGAUAUCCUUCCCCGCCGAAUUGCUCGAACUUUUCGUUAGUAUCCCCAUGCGAAAAGCCCUCAGAUCAACAUGUAGGGCCCUCAGAUCGAUCGCAACGCCGUUCGUAUUUGAGAACCUCCUCAUCGACACGCGGAACAAGAAACGGCCCUUCAAAUUCCUCAAGUAUCUGUCCUCAGAAAAAGGAUUUGCAAAAUACGCGCUGCACUUGCACCUAGUCUCUUUGACGUUCCAGGGCAAGAGUAUGCUUGGGUUGCGUAAGGAGAAGGACUGCGAAAAACUCCUGGUAGCUGCGAUACCAUUUAUGACAUCGCUGAAAAGUAUCUCUUGCUCUGCCUCGAAUAAGCGUAUCGUAACCAAUGCCAGCCUGUGCCUAAGCUAUUCUGGCACCGGCAGUCUCGAGUACGCCAGUACCCUCGUCGGCCUGAGCACCCACCUCACCACGCUAAACAUCCACUACUCCAAACAUCCUGAUGACCGUCCCAACCCAUUUACCCCCAUGGUCUACGUUGUAUUCCACCGUUUUCGGUCCACCUCACUCACUAGUCUAUCGCUUUCCAGAAACAUCUCCCUAGGCCUCCUCGAGGUAUAUUUCCUCGUCCCCAUCCUCCGUCGCCUCCAGUCGCUCUCGCUCAACUUGGACUCUGUACCACCCGAAUUCUGGAUGGAAUUGAGGCGACAGGGGGUGUUCAUCAAGGAUAAGUUCGCCUUGACAACGUGGGAAGCCGAUGAUGCCGUGUUUGACUAUCUCUGCUCGUAUAUCGGACUACAAAACUUGUUUCUGCCUAUCAACGACGGAGAGGAUGAUCUGAGGGCGAAGGGGGUUGUACGGAAAUAUCGAACAACGUUGCGCAGCGUGGAUAUUGCCAAACCGAACUCGCUCGUGAGCUUUCAUAUCUGG